AUGAUCCAUGCGCAGUGCGAUCGCGUUCGUCUGACACAGGGCGCCGGUGAGCCCAUCCGCAUCGUGGUUCCACGGGACAACGUUCUGGAUGGGGUCUGCUCCACGCUUAACCUGCAGGAUGCACAAGCCCGCAUCGACGCCCCCCUGGAGAUCGAGUUCCGAGCGGGAUACUCCGACGACACAGGAAAUGAGCUGGUGGAAGAUGGUGAAGACCAGGGAGGGCCCAGGAGGCAAUGGAUGGACAGAGCCUGCCGCUACUUCAUCGCUUCGGACCUAUUCAUGUCCCCAUCUGAGGAUGCCGCUCACCUUGAGAUGAGCAACGACUGGCACCGCGGCCCCCUUUCUCGGGGAAGGAUCGUCGUGCCCUCGCCGGACAACGUGUGCCAGUGUGUACAGGAAGACUGGACGGAGCAGUUCGAGCUCUUCGGUUGCGUCAUCGGCUUUGCGAUCCUCCACAAGGAGACCAUACCGGUGCACUUUGGGCACAACUUCCUGCGCUCGGUGUUUGGAUUGAAGACGGAUACCGACGACCUCCUCCCCCUCUUGGAGCUGGUGGAUAAGACCUUGCAUACCAAGCUGACCUACAUCCUCAGCGGCUCCUACCGGGACUUGGGAGACUCCUUGCAGGACGUCCUUGAGCAGUCUCACCUCCCGCAGACCUUCGUGGUCUCGGAGUCCCACUGUCAAGAGCUUGUACAGAGCACUCCGCUCAUCAAGGACGGCGAGUCCAUCAAAGUCACGGAGAGCAACAAGGAGCAGUUUGUGCACCUCCUCUUGGAUAGAAUCCUAGUCAGCGGUGUGGCGAAGCAGGUGCACUUCUUCCAGCGAGGUCUCUUGCGGGUGGUGCCCAGGGAGUUGGUUCAGCGCAUCACUGGCAUCAUGACGGUUAAAGAGAUAGAGCUGAUGCUCUGUGGUGCCGAUGGCAUUGAUGUCGACGACUGGGAGAAGCACACUGAGUACGAAAACGGCUACACCAAGGACUCUCAGGCAGUGAGGUGGUUCUGGGAGGCCGUGCGGGAGAUGCCCGCGGAGAUGCGCGCCUGCCUGCUCUCCUUCUCCACGGGCAGCUCCCAGGUGCCCUCAGGAGGCUUCCGAUUCCUGCAGCCGGAGCUCUUUACCAUCCAGAGAGUGGGUUGUACGGAUCGCUACCCUGCUGCGCACACCUGUGCCAAUACCCUGGAUCUGCCCGAGUACAAGUCCAAAGAGGUCCUGGAACAAUACCUGCGCUUCGCGCUGGAAGAGACUGGGGACUCCUUCGGCUUGCGGUAG